AUCUGUGUUUACAUCCUCUCAGCUGGUUGUGCAGAAAACACGACGGCGUUGGACCGAGAGAAAGUAUGUUAUUUGUGCCGUUGUGCACGCGCUGGAUAUAAACUGCUCGGGUAAAUGUACACGUUUGAUCUCGAACCGCCACAUCGAUGAGAAAAAGACAUGUGAUGAUGAUGAUCUAAAGUGACCACAAAGGAUUUAAAUCGUCACGCCGUUCGUCAGUCCGUCUAUCCAUCCAUCCGAUUGGAAGAAAUAUUCCCCCGGGGACGUGAAGAGAGGUCACCUUUGUGAACCUCUCCUUGUUUGGUCUUUUUUUUCCUUUCUCUCUCUCUGUCUCUCUCUCGUGGUGAGAACGGGACCAUGGGCGGAGCUGUGAGCGCCGGCGAGGACAACGAUGACCUGAUCGACAACCUGAAGGAAGCGCAGUACAUCCGCACGGACAGGGUGGAGCAGGCGUUCAGGGCUAUAGACCGCGGGAAUUACUACUUAGAUGGAUACAGAGAAAACGCCUACAAAGACUUGGCCUGGAAGCACGGCAACAUCCACCUUUCAGCCCCGUGCAUCUAUUCCGAGGUCAUGGAGGCGCUGAAGCUGCAGCAAGGACUCUCCUUCCUCAAUCUGGGCAGCGGGACAGGAUACCUGAGCACAAUGGUGGGCCUGAUCAUCGGUCCGUUUGGAGUAAAUCAUGGCGUGGAGCUCCACAAGGACGUGGUGGAAUAUGCAAGAGAGAAACUGGAGGAAUUCAUUACAAACAGUGACAGCUUUGACAAGUUUGAGUUCUGUGAGCCCAAUUUUGUCGUGGGAAACUGUUUAGAGAUCUCGUCAGACAGCCAUCAGUACGAUCGCAUCUACUGUGGAGCCGGAGUUCAGAAAGACCACGAGAACUACAUGAAGGUCAUGCUGAAAAUCGGAGGCAUUCUGGUCAUGCCCAUUGAAGAUCAGUUGACGCAGAUCACCAGAACCGGUCAGAGCUCUUGGGAGAGCAAGAACAUCUUGGCCGUGUCCUUCGCGCCUCUCGUCCAGCAAAACCGAAGCAAAGGCAGCAAACCGGACGCCGUGAUCUUGCCUCCGCUGUCGGUGCGGAGUCUGCAGGACCUGGCGCGCAUCUACAUCCGGCGCACGCUGCGCAACCUCACCAACGACGAAACCGCGUCCAAGGGGACAGGGCCACGCGUCCCGCAAAAGCGCAAGCGCAGGCGCUGCCGUCGCGGCCGACGCCACCGCGUCAACACCUACGUGUUUGUAGGCAACCAGCUGAUCCCACAACCCAUCGAGAGUGAAGAGGAUGAGAGGAUCGACGAGGAGGACAGCAAAGAGGAAGAGCAGGACAAAGAGGUGGAGAAAGAUAAACCUGAGCAGCCUCAGGUCAACUUGCUAAGAGACAAGGUCCUGAGCUUGCCUCUGCCCGAGUCGCUCAAGGCUUAUCUGCUGUAUUACAGAGAGAAAUAAGGAAAAGGGCUGAUGUUCUGCCUACGAUCAAGCAAUGUUUUUGUAUUGUGUUCUCCCUCUCUCUCUCUCUCUCUUUCUCUCUCUCUCUCUCUCUCUCUCUCUCUCUCUCUUUCUCUCUCUCUCUCUCUCCCUUUCUUUCUUUCUCUCUCUCUCUCUCUCUCUCUCUCUCUCUCUCUCUCUCUCAAUUACUUUGAUAAUGUAGCAUAAUUUAAUUUUGUUUAAAAUUUUCAAGGCAGAUUUCAAACCAGUAUGGUUGUGCUUUUACAGUAUGCUCUUCAAACGAUUUAUAAUUCUGGUUCUGAGAUCCUUUCAACGCUGCGGACCUAACCGGGCUUGCCAGAACAUUUUGAGGUUUCUGGUUAUCUCUAGUAGUUUGUACUCGCCGUUUGCUAUGACGAUUCAUUCAUAUUACAGCGGUGAUCUUUAUAUUGAUUCGUCUCCCGAGCCUGGCCUCGAUCAGUUCUAACUGGCACUUUAUCCAUCUGUAAUUAGUCGAGGAUAAAUAUUUGCAAAUCAUUUCUACACUCGACGGUGUGGAUUUCUCCGUGGGUAUCUGUUUUGAAAAGAUUAUGGUUGGGAUGCACGACAAAAUGGGCGUGCAGGUUUGAAUGCGUUUUUUUUUUCCUCUCCACCCCUUUCCAUCGGAUGGUCACCCCUAAGAGGUGCAAUAUGAAGCGGGCUUCAUUCGUUAUAACUUCAAGUUCUUUGGUCCAGUCGUAGAUUAAGUUUAGUCUUUGAUUAAAUUGCACUAUUGGUAGAGAUUUUUCUAUUGACGAGUCUUUUUGCUCAACGACUUCACUCGAUUUGUGUCCUUAAAACCCCUCUCGAAUCCAGCGUUGCUCCAUUUUUAUUUUUUUUUUCUUUCACUUUCCCAGAGGCUUGACAACACUCCCAUCAUGUUCGCAGUAUAACGUACAGUCACGAUUAUCCCGUGUAGUGUGUCACAGUGUACACCCACGACAUAUUUUCCAUUGGUUAUUUCAUUUGUAAUAUAACACUUACAUUAACUUGAUGGUAGAUGCUAAAAAGUGUCCUGUUACAGAAAUUAAAAGCUUUUUUUUCUUUUAAUUAUUUUAAAUUCUGUGAAAAGUCCAUAUUUUGUGCAUCUGAAAACACUUUCAGUUUGUACUCGUUGGGUUUAAGGUUGCUAGCAUUCUUUCGCAGAUGAGAAAACACACUUUCGCAACACACACUGGGUAUAUAUCAUGCGCUUAUUCAGUAAUACUGGUGGGGGGGGAAAGUCUCUGUUCAUACCGAAGAAACAGAUUUUGUGUCCCUUGCAUUGUAUUCUUCUUUGGAUUGUGCUUCAAGGCAACCUUCAAUUCGACGUCUUCUGUUUUUUUUUUUUUUUUUUUUAUCUUCCUUAUAGCACAAAACCACACCUAUAUUCAUAUAAGUUUGAGGUAUAUAUUCAAGAGUAUUCAAGAUUUUCAGACUUGGCCAGUGUGGGACUUUUCCCCAAUGGAUAUUUUACACAAGCAACCCUUUUCAGAGUCAGGAUUUAAAGUCUAUUAUCUGCUGGAUAUAUGUACAGUAUAUAUAUAAACUAUAUGGGGGUGUGAACUCUUGAAUAAAUUCUAACGUUUGUGAAGAUUCAUGUCCUAAACUGCUCUUUCUGGUUUCAUAUGCUACUAUAUGGUCUUUUCAACAAUCUACGUAUACAUCGGCUGUUUAUGGAACGAAAGUAUGUAUACAUGUAUAGGCAGGUGCUGUAUUCUCUUGCAACUCAUUAUAGCGGUCAAGUUUUCGAUUUUCAUUCACGCUUUAUAAGACAUGGCUGAAAGCAGCCUUGAGUAAAAUUGUUCGUUGUUCAAAUAAUCAAUAUCGAGCCUGAAAUAUCUCGGAAGCUUUUAAAAGGGAAAAAGUAUUUUUAAUGUAAUUUUUUUUUUUUUUUCGUUAAAACUGCAAGCUGUUUCCGUUCAUUUGAUGCUCUGCUAAGAAAGCACUUUUCUCAAUAACACUGCAGGUUCUACAACAUAUAUUUCCUUAGAAAUAUGACAUAGGAAUGGCGACGUAUGUUCUACGACUAAGUGGAGGAUCGCCAGGGUGGCUUCCAUUGGAACUAGUGGAGGUUUCCCAGGCGCUUGUUUCCUUGAUACAUACCAAUAGCAAAAUCAGCACCUCGAGACCCCACGUGGGUAACUUUGGUUGUUUAAUAUUUAACUUUACGUUCUACCUCCUUACAUUCCGGAUUGCUAACGUAAUAGUUUCCAGCACUAUUGAAUAUCAAGUUGUCACAUGGUGAUGUGCUGACGGAGAAACUUUUUUUUGCACCUGGUCUUGCCUAGUCUUGUUGAGCGUGCAUGUGUGGUUGCACUCUUCCUUUUUGGAGAUGGAAAAUGUGCACUGGACAAACACACACAUCUAUGUCAGUACUACUGAGACUUGCCUUUGUGAUCUAGCUGCCAGCUGCUGACUAUUCCACCAAUGCUGAAACAGUUUGAGGUGCAACAGUCCCAGUUUUCACUACUGGAUUCACGUGUCCCAGCACGCAUACCAGACCAUCAGCAACUCUCAAUUUCAUGGCUGCAUCCAUAACUGAAGUGGCUCUGUCUUCUGUCAAGAAAGCACACACAGCAUGCAGGUUGAGCCUCAUUUGCAAAGGGGUGACGUGACGUGAUCUUGUGACUCAGUCCUGGAACCUCUUGCAGGGGCAGUAGGACAGCUUGCACAAUUUGUGCACGCCCUGGUCACAAGGGCUAAGCCAAAAGGAAGGGUAUGUCACACCACUGGUCUGUGAAAGUCAAGAUAUCGCCCGUAUUCCACAGCACUUAGAAGCAUCUUUCGGGUCUACUGGUCAUAACCAAUGGUGUUUAUUCUUUGAGGUCCCAAGACCCCAAUUUGUGAACCAUGGGUGAAGCAGAGAGAACAGUAGUUGUUUUAAGACGACACCUAGGCUUCCUAGGUCCAGAAUGGUGCAGAUCAGAAAAUACCUUGAACAGACCCUGACUAGGCACCCUAGCACAUUUUUGUAUAGCCAGUUUGCAUUGGUCUUGCACCUUUGUGGAUUUGCUGGUGGUUGGUGAUGAAACUGUCACACAAGGGAACACAUUUUCAGACAUGCUCCUGGAAUUAUGUGGCACUUAGAGCAAGGCCCUGGCAAGUGCUCGUCAAUGACGCUCUUCACUGAAUUUGGAAAUUGUUAAUUGCCCGCAGACCAACUCCAAGGCCUGGUAGAAUAAAAAGCUCACCAUCCUGCCCUGGAUUACCAGAAGGUAGGGAAUGUUCAGCGAUUCGUGACAAGGUCAAAACAACAAAUGUGGUGUUGGGGUAAAAUUAUGAAAUGAGUUACUCUUUGUUGACAGCGCUUGCACUGCUACGCUCUAACACGGCCGAUAAGUGCGAGAAUUGAAUCACUGUCACCCAAGCGGUACGUCUGCUCACACCCUUUUGACUGUGCAGAUUUACAAAUGACAAAAUUAGCAAGAGGGAAAAGAUAAGAGUGCUUUUACUUAAGGUCUCGAACCUACUUCUUCAACUCCUUUGCGAUAUGAGAAUGGGAUACAGGACGAACAACGUAGCAGGGACCUUUUACAGGUUGACCACAUGAGGUGACAAGUUUGCUAUUGUACUCUGAAAGGUAACAAGCGCGAGGGAAUACUUCGUUACUUUCCGGGGGAAAAAACACCUUGACGGUCCGAAACACAAGUUUUCUUAAGCAGAUCCUUUUCAUUGUAAAGCAUUUUUAAGAUUAUGGAACUUUUGUGAUCCUUUUUGUUUAUAGGGUUUCAGAAUUGCAAUCCAGUACAUCAGAUUUUCAAAGGCUCUCUUCUUUUUUUUUUUUUCUUUUUUUUUUUUAGUGCAACACUGACUGUAAUCUGAUGGUCUGUUCACAACCAUCUUCUCAAUAAAAACAUAUAUCCCAGCACCCUGGUGAAUUUUAUAGAAUGAAUUCCAGGAGUUGUUAGAAAAAAAAAAGUGUGUUUGUUUCAUUGAACGAAACAUUUCAUUGAUUUAAAAAAAAAAAAAUUCUAGGAUAGGUACACUGGUCAACUUUUGCACCAUUAUAAAACUUGCUAUACUUGGAGCCAGUGCCGGAAUUAUUGGCAAUCUUGUAAUGAUUGGUGAAAACUGUCUUUGUGGUUAUUUACUUUAUUCUCAUGCUGGAAAUCUGAAUCUGAGAGAAAUUUUAACUUUAAUCGAGGUCAAUCUGUUAAAAGAAAAUUGAAGACCCUCCUUGAAAAGAUUAACAAAACCACUUUGAAUCCUUCGGGGUCCGAGGUCCUUUCUCGUGGACCCAGGCUUAGAUCCGGUUUAGGUCAGUUUGACUAGGAUGGCCAUGUCCAAAGCUUGAUUCUGUGGUCAACGAACCAUUUUGGU